AUGGUGGUGAUUGGCCACGUUGAUGCCGGUAAAAGCACUUUAAUGGGACACCUUUUAUAUGCUCUCGGUCAAGUUAAUAAGAAAACGUUGCACAAAUAUGAACAAGAGAGUAGAAAAAUAGGAAAACAAUCUUUUGUAUAUGCUUGGAUUUUGGAUGAAACCGGAGAGGAAAGAUCAAGAGGAAUAACGAUGGAUGUUGGACAGUCAAAAUUCGAAACAAAGACAAAAAUUGUCAAUCUUUUAGAUGCUCCAGGUCACAAAGAUUUUAUACCUAAUAUGAUCACAGGUGCUACACAAGCUGAUGUUGCAGUUUUAGUUGUAGAUGCUACUCGGGGAGAAUUUGAAACGGGAUUUGAAAGUGGUGGUCAGACAAGAGAGCAUGCUUUACUUGUUAGAUCUUUAGGGGUUUCUCAGCUUGCGGUAGUAGUUAAUAAAUUGGACACCGUUGAUUGGAAUGAAGACAGAUUUAAAGAGAUUUCUUCAAAAUUAGGAGUUUUUUUAAAACAAGCUGGUUACAGAGACUGCGAUGUUACUUACGUACCGUGCAGUGGGUUGGCAGGUGAAAACCUAGUUGAAAAAUCAAAGCAAGAAUUACUUUCUAAAUGGUACAAAGGCCCUAGUUUAUAUGAAGUUAUAGGUAUUUUAUUUUUUGGAUGUCAAACCAUUUCUGGAGAAAAAGUUUUAGUCAUGCCUCAAAAUGAACUAGCUUUGGUUAAAGGUAAAUUUAUUUUAAUUUUUCCCGCGUUCCGAUUAAGUAAGCAUAUUCAUAAAUUAUACGUUAACGGUCUCAUAGACGAAUCUCCCGUGCAAACUGCUUUUGCUGGAGAUGGUGUUAGUUUAACCCUAGCAAAUUACGACAUUCAACACAUAAGUGUGGGUUACAUAUUAAGUGAUUCAUCCUUACCUGUACCGGUGACUUCGAAAUUUGAAGCUCGGAUAGUCGUUUUCAACAUAAGCACUCCAAUCACCGCAGGUUAUCCGGUCGUGUUGCAUAGUCACUCUUUGGCAGAACAAGCAGUCGUAGUUAAAUUAAUUGCUCAGUUAAAUAAAAAUUCGGGAGAAGUAAUUAAAAAACGUCCUCGUUGCUUAUUGAAAAAUUCUAAUGCUGUCGUUGAAAUAGAAACGAGUAAACCGAUAUGCCUUGAAUUAUAUAGGGAAACAAAAGAACUCGGUCGAUUUAUGCUUAGAGUUGGAGGUGUAUCCAUUGCAGCCGGUUUGGUAACAAAACUCAUGUAG